UUGACGUCUUACUUCGAGUUUUCUGAAUCAAUUCACGUUUUCAUUAUUAAUUUUCCAAAAAUGGAGUUGAUUGACACUGAUAUCAGACCAUGGAAUGCUGAAGAUGUAAAAGAACAAUUCGGAGAUAGCUUGAGUCUCCUUCCUUCCAAUGACAACAUCAAAGAACUGCAAACAAUCUUAAGGGAUAAAAACACAACUCGAAGUGAUUUCAAGUUUUAUGCGGACCGUCUGAUCCGUCUUGUUAUUGAGGAAAGUUUAAACAACUUGCCCUUCACAGAUUGUGAAGUGGUCACUCCAACGGGUGCACUAUACAAGGGACUUAAAUAUGGCGCAGGGAACUGCGGAGUGUCUAUAGUGAGAUCAGGGGAGGCCAUGGAACAAGGUCUAAGGGACUGUUGUCGAUCAAUUCGUAUUGGUAAGAUCCUGGUAGAGAGUGACACGGACACACAUGAAGCGCACGUUGUGUAUGCUAAGUUCCCGGAGGAUAUAGCGCGUCGGCAGGUUCUACUCAUGUAUCCCAUUAUGUCUACUGGCAACACUGUCAAACAGGCGGUAAAUGUUUUAACACAACACGGAGUUAAAGAAGAGCGUAUAAUACUUUCGAAUCUGUUCUGCACACCGGCGGCAGCGCAAGCCGUAGUGGACUAUGUGCCACGUCUCAAGAUCCUCACCUCUGAGCUGCAUCCUGUAGCACCUAACCACUUCGGACAGAAGUACUUUGGUACGGACUGAUAUGAGGAUGAUAGUUCCUAAUUUGGACAUGCUCGAAGGUUUUAUUUGACAUGGUAUGAAUUUUAUAAUUUAACUUCUGAAACAUGAGUCAUGUUUUCUUGUAAAUACAGUAUAUUAAUGUUCUUCAAACAUUAUUACAUCAAUUUUGAGA